GGCUUCUUCCACAUGAUGUUCUACAAGAACUUCUCGCUCGCCGCGCAGGCCGCGGCGGAGGCAGGGGUCACUCUGCCGCGGGCCGUGCAGGUGGACAGGUGCGUUUGGAAUCACCAGCACAUGCAGGACUGCCCUGGGAAGCUCAAGUGCAGCGACAUCGUUAUGAUCCACAAGGACCUGUGGUCCACGUGCAAGAAGAGGAGCAGCAGCGCGGUGAGCUCCCUCUACGCGGGCGGGCGGAGACUGGAGGAGCGCAGGCUGGAAGAGCACCGGUGUGCCCACGCAUGGGCCGACGGCUGA